GCGUCCGUCCCUACUGCAGAGCAGCUGCUGAAGAAGUGACUUAAAGGGCUUGCCCGCCGCCGCCCCCUCGGCCCGCCAUGCUGCUACCGGUGCCGCUGCUGCUCGGCCUUAUCAGCCUGGCCGCCGCUGAACCCACGGUUUACUUCAAGGAGCAGUUUCUGGACGGAGACGGGUGGACCGAUCGCUGGAUUGAAUCCAAGCACAAACCGGAUUUUGGAAAAUUCGUUCUCAGUUCCGGCAAGUUCUACGGUGACCAGGAGAAAGAUAAAGGGCUGCAGACAAGCCAGGAUGCCCGGUUUUAUGCACUGUCGGCCAGAUUCGAGCCCUUCAGCAACAAGGGUCAGACGCUGGUGGUGCAGUUCACCGUGAAACACGAGCAGAACAUCGACUGUGGGGGCGGCUAUGUGAAGCUAUUUCCAGAUGGUUUGGACCAGACAGACAUGCACGGAGACUCUGAAUACAACAUAAUGUUUGGCCCGGACAUCUGUGGCCCUGGCACCAAGAAGGUUCAUGUCAUUUUCAACUACAAGGGCAAGAACGUGCUAAUCAACAAGGAUAUCCGUUGCAAGGAUGAUGAAUUCACACACCUGUACACGCUGAUUGUGCGGCCCGAUAAUACCUAUGAGGUGAAGAUUGAUAAUAGUCAGGUGGAGUCAGGCUCCUUGGAGGAUGAUUGGGACUUCUUGCCACCCAAGAAGAUAAAGGAUCCUGAUGCUGCAAAGCCUGAAGACUGGGACGAGCGAGCCAAGAUCGAUGACCCUACAGACUCCAAACCUGAGGAUUGGGACAAGCCUGAGCACAUUCCUGACCCUGAUGCUAAGAAGCCUGAGGACUGGGAUGAAGAGAUGGACGGAGAGUGGGAACCACCAGUGAUUCAGAACCCAGAGUACAAGGGUGAGUGGAAGCCCCGGCAGAUUGACAACCCGGAUUACAAGGGCACUUGGAUCCACCCAGAGAUCGACAACCCUGAGUACUCCCCUGAUAGCAACAUCUACGCCUAUGAAAACUUCGCUGUGCUGGGCCUGGAUCUCUGGCAGGUCAAGUCUGGCACCAUCUUUGACAACUUCCUCAUCACCAACGACGAGGCCUAUGCUGAGGAGUUCGGCAACGAGACAUGGGGCGUGACGAAGGCAGCAGAAAAGCAAAUGAAGGACAAGCAGGAUGAAGAGCAGAGGCUAAAGGAGGAGGAGGAGGACAAGAAGCGCAAGGAGGAGGAGGAGGCAGACAAGGAGGAUGAGGAUGACAAGGAGGAGGACGAGGAGGACGAGGAUGACAAGGAGGAGGACGAGGAAGAAGAUGCUGCCGCUGGCCAGGCCAAGGAUGAGCUGUAGGGGCCACACCACCGCCUCCAGGGUUGGACUGAGGCCUGAGCGCUCCUGCUGCAGAGCAGGCCGCGCCAAAUAAUGUCUCUAUGAGACUGGAGAACUUUUUUUUUUUUCCAGGCGGGUUCUGAUUAGGGGUGGAUAUUGGUUUUGUCCCCCCACCAUCCCCCUUUUUUUUUAAACUGGUGUUUUGUCUCUGAUUCUCCUUCAGCCCUCAUCCCUGGCCUUCAUCUUUCUUAAUUUGACAUUUUCACCUGUCCCUUGCUCUCAGAUCCCUUAGUUCCCCUCCAACUUGGGGACUCAGGGUAGAUUGGGAUAUGGUGUAGAGGAGAAGCCCCAGGCCCAAGAUUCCAUCUUUUCGCCUUCCCUGGAUCCCAGAGGGGUGUAGGGGAAGAGGAUGGUAUCCCCAGACUUUCAGCACUGAGGAAGAAUGGGGCUCUUAGGACCUGGGCUCUGACCCACCCCCGCUUUCUUCCCUGCCCCCAGAAAUGGGCCACUUCUGAGUAGGGCAGCGGGUUCUAGCUCGGCUCAUACUGAGAAUGUAAGAACUACAAACAAAAUUUCUAUUAAAUUAAGUUUUGUGUCUUC